AGAUUAAAAACAUAGCGUAGUUUUAGUUUACUUGAAUCGUCACAUAUGUGUAUCGUAACUUUUUAUACUGCUUGACAGAAAUGUCAACAUUUCAAAACUUUUUUAAUCUUCAUGUAACAUCGUAGAGCUGCUUUUUAACCACUUUAUUUUAAAGAAAUGAAAAUGAUCUUGCUUUUUAAUACAAGCGUGUUUUAGUGGUUUUGUGAGUAAAACUGUGCAGUGGAGAGAUCGGGAGGGGCUGCACUAAACAGGGCGAUGUUGAAGUUUCCAGAGGUUGAUGUCAGCGUAACUGGAUUCCUCUAGUCUGGGAUUUUAAGGGAACAACUGGGAACAAGAUGGCUGAGUGUGGACUGGAAAACUGCUUUUUUCCACUGUCACAAACUCUGGACUAAGGGUUUCUAAAACUAUAUUAAAGUAAAAUAUGCAGGUAUAAAUUCGCGUCGGUACUUUUGGACGGCAACUUUUACUGUUAUUAUCGUUGUAUACGUUUUUUUCCCGACCGAAUUUUCUCGCUUAUUGUUAUUGGAAACAACGGAAUAUCGUUCCGGACAGUUUUUCAAUUGCCAAAUAACACACUGCAAAUAAUUUUUACGCUAAAUAUUUUUUAAAAAUCAAACUUCCUAAACUCGAGUUUGGAGUUUUGUCGUACGAUUGGCACACAUUUCACGACCAUCCUCUGAAUCAAACCGACAUUAAAGAAUGACUGCAACUAAAGAUUGUCUUCAUACACAGUUGUUUUGAAUUGCACAAUGAGCUCCAGUCGCGUCCGGCCUCAAGCACCGCAGACCCCGGCAGCAUCUGCCGCAGCAUCACCGCCAUAUGAAGGGAUUGAGAUGGAAAAAAUGCACCACGAAGAAGUGGGCCUGGGGGUGCCCGAUGAGACCCCGUCUCCGCCUGCCUCCAGUUCCAGGCAGGCGUGGAGUCGGGACAACCCGGGGUUCGAGCCGGAGGAGGGGAUGAUGGAGGCAGACUGGCCCCCGGCGAGCCCGGGCCGGAGGUCUGUGUCCACGGCCUCCAGCGGCAGCAGCACCAUCGGGCCAGGUAGCCUCUCCGGUAUCACUGCGAGAAUAAACAGAGGACUGUAUCCAACUCAACCAGCUCAGGACGAGCACCCCAGCUGCGGGAAGAGGAUAAUGCAGAAAAUGAGGGUAUUAUGGGACACUCGUCUUUUGGGUGAAAGUAACAGCAACAGAGAGAUGUAUCUGAAGACUGUUCUCCGAGAGAUGAUCACCUACAUACUCUUCCUGCUCACAAUCUGCAUCUUAACCUAUGGAAUGGUGAGCACCAACAUGUAUUAUUACACUAAAGUCAUGUCUCAACUCUUCUUGGAUACACCAAUAACAACCGGAGAACCGACGACCUUCAAGACUCUUUCAACAAUGGAGGACUUCUGGAAAUUCACAGAAGGGCCUUUUCUUAAUGGUAUGUACUGGGAGUUCUGGUACAACAACAAGAGUCUUCCAGAGAACCAGAGUCUGAUCUACUACGAGAACCUCCUGCUGGGCGUUCCUCGUCUUCGACAGCUCAGAGUACGCAACGAAUCCUGUUCUGUCCACAGAGACCUGCGGGACGAGGUGUACGACUGCUACAGCGUUUAUUCCCCAGUCAAAGAGGAAAAGGCACCAUUUGGGUUUAAAAAUGGCACUGCGUGGUUGUACUCGACGGACAGCAGUUUGGGUGAGAGCAGUUACUGGGGCCAAGUGUCGACCUAUGGCGGUGGAGGUUACUACCAGGAACUGUCACGCACUCGAGAGAAGUCAGCCAAUCAGCUGCAAGAAUUGAAAAACAACCUCUGGUUGGAUCGUGGCACCAGAGCAGUGUUCCUGGACUUCUCUAUCUAUAAUGGCAACGUUAACCUGUUUUGUAUUGUCAGAAUGCUUGCGGAGUUCCCGGCCACAGGGGGCGUUGUUACCUCCUGGCAGUUCCAGACCAUCCGGCUCAUCCGGUACGUGUCCAGCUGGGACUACUUUGUGGGGAUGUGUGAAGUGUCCUUCUGCCUCUUUGUGCUGUAUUACCUGGUGGAGGAAUUUCUUGAGAUCCGCCUACAUCGCUUACGCUACUUCAAGAGCCUGUGGAACUGUCUGGAUGUUCUCAUUGUUGCGCUCAGCGUUCCAGCCAUCAUCAUGAACAUCUGCAGAACAUCAGUCGUCAGUCGCAGACUUCACUUCCUGCUGGAGAACCACAGCACGUACCCAAACUUCGAGCCCCUUGCUCGCCUCCAGGUGCACUUCAACAACCUGGCCGCUGUUAUCGUCUUCCUAUCUUGGGUCAAGCUUUUUAAGUUCAUUAAUUUCAAUAAGACCAUGAAUCAGCUGUCCACCACCAUGUCACGCUGCGCUAAGGACCUCAUGGGCUUCUCCAUCAUGUUCUUCAUCGUGUUCCUGGCCUACGCCCAGCUGGCGUAUUUGGUGUUCGGCACGCAAGUUGAUGAUUUCAGCACUUUUCAGGCCUGCAUAUUCACACAGUUCCGGAUCAUUUUGGGUGAUUUUGACUUCUCAGAGAUUGAGGAAGCUGACAGCGUUUUGGGACCCAUUUACUUCACCACCUUUGUGUUCUUCAUAUUUAUGAUUUUACUGAAUAUGUUCUUGGCAAUCAUCAAUGACACUUACUCUGAGGUGAAGGCUGAUAUGGCCCAGCAGAGGUCAGAGAUGGAGAUAACAGAUCUCAUUAAAAAGGGCUAUAACAGGGCGAUGGUGAAACUCAAGCUGAAGAAAACCUCUGUCAAUGACGUCUCAGACAGCUCGCACCCGGCUGGAGGAAAACUCAGCUUUGAUGAGCUUCGACAAGAUCUGAGAGGAAAAGGACAUUCGGACGCUGAGAUUGAAGCUAUCUUUGCCAAAUAUGACCUUGAUGGAGAUCAGGAGCUUACGGAACACGAACACCAGCAGAUGAGAGAUGAUCUGGAGAAAGAGAGAGAGGACUUGGAUCUGGAGCACAGUUCACUGCCUAGGCCAGAGAGUGGGCGGAGCUUCUCCCGUAGCCAGGACGACUCAGAGGAGGACGACGAUGAGGACAGCGGGCACAGUUCCCGUCGCCGUGGCAGCAGCUCAGGAGGCGUGUCAUAUGAGGAGUUUCAAGUGCUCGUGCGCAGAGUGGACCGUAUGGAGCAUUCGAUCGGCAGCAUCGUAUCAAAGAUAGAUGCUGUCAUUGUGAAGUUAGAGGUCAUGGAGAGAGCCAAGAUGAGAAGGAGAGAUGUGCUCGGACGCAUCCUGGAUUCAUGGAAUCCAGUCACAGAGGAUGAGAAGACAGGCAAGAAUCCAGAGCUGAACCGGGAACAGAUGGACAAGCUGGUUAGAGAGGAACUGGAACGUUGGGAGUCUGACGACCAAAUAUCGCAGGUUAGCCAGCGCCAGGCCACUCCCAUUGCUCAGCUCCGCCCACGCAAUUCCCGACCACCUUCAUCUCUUUCCACUGAGGGCCCAGAUGCCGCAACCAAUGGGGCCGGCCACAUGUGAGGAGUUUUGAUUGUGUAUACAUGACAACUUUGGAGUUCCGCAGUUCGUUCUACAGGUCCGUGUCUGAUGCAGUGCAUUGGGCAGAAACUAUUUAGUCACAUUUCUGAAGGUUGAAAACCAAACACACUCAAAUCAGUAUUGCACGGUCAGCCGUCCUGCCGCAAGCCCACAGCUAUAGGAUUAAAUAGUGCUGCACAAAAGCUAUUUAUUUAGGUUUCUUUAUAUUAAAGUUAAUUGGGGCUUUUUGUUUGUAGCCAGCCUAUGCUUUAUAAUGCAAAUAGAAAGAUAAAUUGAAGCGCAACUCUUUCACACAGGCCUUUUGUAUACAUUCCUAUAAAGCUUUUUUGAGUAAUUAAAGCUAUAUUUUUUAUAAUAAUGAUCAUUUUAUAACCAGCCACCUUCACAGUGAGCGACUGGCCAUUUUGUCAAUGGAUUGUAAUAAUAUCAACAUCACGCUCCGCCCACAGUGAAGUCUGAUUGGUUGAUAAUCCUGCUCCACACAGCUAUAAACAUUGAGUCAACGCUUAAAUUUCCUUUGUUACUCCAGGUACAAUGCAUUUUAAAAUUGAGGUACAUUUAAAUUUUUGUCUUUGUGCUUCAACAUUAAGCUUUUGUCAUUUCACAGCAUAAUUGUAUCGAUGUAUAUACACAACAUACAUGAUACACAAAUUAUCAACUUUUUCCCAUUUAAUCUUUAAAAAGGGCCACUGUGGUAAAACACAUUUUCACAUAAUCACAGUUUUAUACUGUAUCCUGCUAUGAUUAAGUGCACAGUCUAGUUGAUAUGAUAUGAUAUAUAUAAUAUACUGUAUGUAUAGUGAGGACCAAUAUCUUUCUAUACUGAACAGAAGAAUGCAUUAAACAUAAACAUUCAUCAAAUUAGAUGAUUUAAUAUGAUUGGCAAAUAAACAAAUUGAUAAAACUGUCCUAACCUAAAGCCUGAUCAUAACUAACCCCUAACAUCAGAGGGAAAUAUUAGGUUGAGAAAACUAAGCUUGAUAAGCCAAAUCUAGUCCUAAAUCUAACCCGACAAUCUGAUUGGUUGAUUGGUUAUAGUUAGUUAGAAAUCACAAAAACUGAAAAUGUCCACACAUUGGGCCUCAUUCAUGAAACACGAGCAGAACUAAUUUUUGUGUAAAUCGUUCGUAAUGUUGUUCUGCCGUAACUGUUCAGAUUCAUAAAAAUGUUCGUAUUUUCAAAAUGUUAGUUGGUACGAAAAAAAAUGACACCUGCUCCAUACCAUGUGUAAAUGGUGCAUAAAACAUUCAAAUGUUCUGUGUUCUUUCUGACAAACUGAUUACAAUGCAUUUUGAUGCACUGUGUAUCAUAAUGAUAUUUCACGUGUUCCUUUGCCCUGUCUUUUUGUCGUUUUUUACUCUUUAACUUUGAGUAAAACACAGACCUCGUUACUGUCCCUUUAGACACAGCUGUCCAAUCACAGUGGAGUGCAGGACAAACAGUACAUUGACCAACCAUCACACUUGCACAACACAACAAUGGAGAAGUUAACAUUGCUGGUUGUUGCAUUUUUAUAUUCAGUAAUAAUCUUAAAAAUAAGAUACUCAUAACAUGUUACUGCCGUGAAUAUUCCUAAUCAUAGCAACCAACAUGUCUCCGGAAAAACGUGCAGUACAUCCAAAGCGCUCUCAAGCGCCACCAGUUGGUUAUUUUCAGAAGAGCACCAGGCAUUAUUUCAACUGAUUAAAAGGCUUUGGUGGACACAGGUUAAUUUAUUAAUUUAUUGUUAGGCAUAUAGCCUAUUAGUCUCUUAGGCAUUUAAGCAAUAUAACGUGCCAACCAUGAGAAUGGAAUCCAGAGGAUUCCAGCUUUCCUAGAUACGUAAUUUGCGUAGCUGUCCUUCAUAGGCGGGGAUUAUGCUAAUUAUGAUUAAGCGUGCAUGCACACCUUAUUUACAAAUUAUUGGAAUUCUUUAAAGUCCCUGUGAACCGGAAGUUGCGAUCGUUUUUACUUCCGUAUUCUGACACAUUUCCGAGUGAAAAAGAAUUUCAAAGGAGAAAAUAAGUGGGCGUGGCUUGCGCUUUUCACUGCGAAUUGAUUGGAUGUGUAAAAACAGCUGUUGCAUUGAUUUGAAAUGAAUCUGGCAGCAGACAGGAGAGGAGUUAACGGAUGCUCCGAUUAUGAGGGUACAUGAACAUUAAAAAGAGAAAGACCCAGAUUGAUAAGCUAUUUACUAUAAAUGCUGCAAUAUUUCAUGAAAAUUAAGAAUUGUCAUUUUUAAUUUCACUGGGACUUUAACAUACACACGUUUUACUAUCAAAUCUGACGUUUACAAAGUAUUUUUCGGGUAGGUCGGUUUUACGCGCAAAUCACUCAUAUAUUAUGAAUGUUUCAUGAAAGAGACCCAUUGCCUUUUCUGAAUGAACUUUUUGUACUAUGUAUUCUUCAGCAAUGAGCUUAAUUUCACAGUAUGGUUUCCUUUUCAUAUUUUAUAACUCACUCUUCAAUUUAUUACAGUUGUAGUUGUGGCAUGUUUUAUUAUGUUUGUUUAUAUAAUGAGCAUUUUUCUUUGUAAUCUUUAAUAAUUUUAAGUCUCAAAUCAUUUUGAUAGUUUUUGCAUUAUAAAAACAAACUUCAAUUUGGAGUGCUUCUGAUUUCAUGGGAUAUCCAUGUGUAUUUGUCUUUUAAGGCACCGAUUUUAAAGGUACAGUUCACCCAAAAUCAUUUACUCACCCUCAUCCUGUUCCAAACCUGUAUAAAUGAAAGAAUUUAUUUGGAAGAAUGUUUGUUCAGCAUCAAACAUAACAGCAAAAAUAAAAUUGUUUUCUUAUACAUUUCAAAUCUCGAAGUGCCAUUGGUCAGCAAAAACAAGUGUCCUCCCCCAAUAUGUGACCAUUCACACAAAUAAACUGCACAGCAAUUACACUUCACUUUUUAUCGUGAUAAAAUGUAUUAGUAUUUUUCAUUAUGCACAAUUUGAUUGUUUAAUGUCACAAUCGUGUACAAUAAAAUCCAUUCAAACCCAUAAUGGUCUCUUUAUUUGACAAUAACCCGUGUAUCUUUUCAUCCUAGACAUAACUGACUCAACACAGCAUUAAGAAUCACUGAAAAUAUAACAUAACUACUAAUGUCAUAUGAAAGGGAUAUUUUGUAGAUAUAAUUCACAGACUUUGCUGGCUUUUGUGGAUGGAUUUAGUUUUAACACAACGAACGUCGUGAAAUGUGUGCUCAUGGCACAGGAACAGGGUUUGGUAAUCUUCUCAUUGAUGUUUGCUGGUUUUGGAUUAAGCCUCACCAAUUAUAUGGAUUCCCAUGGGAUGAGCGGUACCAGGACUGUGCACAUCUGACCUGCGACCUGCUCCUUGAGUUUGGAUAUAUCAAACCCCUGUGCAAUGUGUAACAAUGGUGUUGCAUGAAAUGGUGAAUGAUAUGUAGAAAAUGUAGACUAACUGAUUUGUAGUUUAUAUUUGAUAUUGAAAACCAUGAAACUAGUACUUGUUCUAUAAGUAUUACAGUUAAAAGUAAAAC